GUAACAACAUACAACAUGGCGGUGGGCGUGUGUGAAUCGUGUGAGGUGGCGGCGUGAUUUUUCGACGCCCGGUUUCCUCCACGGCGAUCUUCGAAACACGUGGCAGACUUUUUAGCGCUCAGUCACGCGCGCACGCUCGUAGACGAUCAUGGAUCACAGGGAUCAGUUGCUCGCGCUAAAGGUCAUGCGCCUGACGCGGCCAUCCCUCUUCACGACGUUGCCAGUCGUGUGCGACUCCCGGGACAUACCGGGUAGCAUGUGGAUGCAAGAGCUGAAGCAGGACCUGGGAGCUCCGUUAGGUCUGGAGCUCUUCGGCGCCGGCAGCUUCCUCAUGCUACCCCAGAGCUUCGGCAACAUCUACUUGGGUGAGACGUUUUCCUGCUACAUGAGCGUACACAACGACAGCCAGACCACCGUGCGCGACGUGUCGGUCAGGGCCGAGCUACAGACCGAUUCGCAGAAGGUGUUGCUGGCCGGUCGCGCCGACGGUGCUGUAGCGGUCGCCGAACUGGCUCCCAACAGUAGCAUCGACGAAGUGAUCCACCACGAAGUGAAGGACAUCAACACGCACAUACUCGUAUGCACCGUCAACUACUCGACGCAGGCCGGGGAGAAACUGCACUUCCGGAAGUUCUUCAAGUUCCAGGUAUACAAGCCACUUGACGUCAAGACGAAGUUCUACAACGCCGAGUCUGACGAGGUCUACCUUGAGGCGCAGCUUCAGAACAUUACCUCCUCGCCGAUAUGCCUCGAGAAAGUGGCGCUCGAACCGUCCCCAUACUUCAACGUCUGCCAACUCAACACGUGCGGAGACAACCAGAGCGUAUUUGGUCCUGUCAACUUCCUGAACCCGCACGACACACGGCAGUAUUUAUUCAGCCUGUCGCCCCGGGCUCCAUCCACCGAGACGGGCGAGCCGGUAGCGCAGCCCGAGAAACGCCGCAGCGGCGUCACCAGCAUCGGCAAGCUCGACAUCGUCUGGCGUUCGGCCAUGGGCGAGAGAGGGCGUCUGCAGACGUCGCAGCUAGAGCGGAUAGCACCCGGCUACGAAGACAUCAAGCUCACGAUCGAGUCGGCGCCGAGCACCGUGAACCUCGAGGAGCCGUUCGAAAUCGCCUGCUCCGUGAUGAACACGUGCCAGAGGACGAUGGACCUGGUUCUCGCGCUCGAAAACCUGCCGUCUUCGGGUCUACUCUGGCAAGGCAUGUCGGGUCAGAGCCUCGGCAAGCUGGAACCCCAGGCGACCAUUCGCAUCCGGCUCGAGGCAGUUCCAUUCCGGACGGGACUCCAGAGCAUCUCGGGGAUCAAGCUGUCGGACACUUACCUCAAGCAGACGUACGACUACGACGAGAUAGCAUGCGUGCUCGUGUGCGCCAAUGGAACGACAGUUUCGUGUUGACUGCGGUUUGCGUUUAUUUCGUUGUUUGGGAAGAGCUAAUGUCGCCGCAUGGCAGUAUUGUGCGGACAAACAAACUAUGGUGCGAAAGAUCUGUUGCUGCUUUCGCCGACUUGUGCGCAUUCCCGAAGCUAAGAGGUGGUUAUAUAUUUGUUACGCGUCGUUGAGGAAUAUAAAUGCUGAACUAUUUGAUUCACUAUUACAUAUUUUCGUGGUCUUUUUUUUAAUGCGGCAAGCUUUCACUAUGUGGAAUUUCGAAAUAAAACAACCCACAAAUGUUGA